AUGCCAGAGGACCCUGUGUCUAGAGGCAAAACCACCCAGCAAGUGCAGGAUACCAGCAAUAAUGCGCUGAACACUCUUCUGAACGAACCUGGAAGUCCAACUUUACAACCCAAAUCAUCAAACUUCAAGAGUACAUUAAAUCAGAUUGAGGGCAGUAUGGUGUACAACUUCCAAGAUACAGAUUUCAUAAAACCAGUCAGUUUCCUACAGGCACUUAAUUCAUUGACAGUCUUAACAACAGCUAGCACUCUGACAACAAGUACAACUUCUCCACCAACAUUGUUGGGGAAGGUUUAUAUAAAUAUUCAAUUGGUGUUUAUCACAUUGGGCCAAAUACCAAGUGAAACCAUCAUUCUACAGUUGGCCAAAUCUUUGAUUAGCCCACGUUACAGCACUAAAGAAUUCUCAACACGAACCCAGGACGCGAGCCUUUUGAAUGUCACCUAUACAAGAAUUAAUGAUACCUCCUAUACUCUCACAUUUGGAUUUGAAAUCAGCAAUAUAUCCAUGUCUGAGAAAAUUGAACUAAGGAAUGAAACUUACACUUCAAUCAAAAGCACUAUAAAUGGAUUACUUAACGAAAUCCUAAAAGACCCCUCAGCUUCUCAGUUUGAUCUCCGUCACGUUGAAUUCAAGGAUAAUAGCACAGUGAUUCUUGCCAGUGUUCAGUAUGUUUUCUCAGAAAGUGACUUGAACACAAAUAGCACCUUUGUCAAGGAAAUAUUCAAAGCGAAUGAAGUUUUAACGACAGCCAGCACUCUGACAACACCUUCUCCACCGAACUUGCUUGGGAAGGUGAUCAUAUACAUCAAGCUUGUGUUUAGAACGCGGGGUGCUAUACCAAGUCAGAGUGACGUUAUACAAGUAGCUAACACUCUGUUGAAUGGAAUGAAAAUGAGAACUAAACGAGCCCUUACAACAAAAGAUUUUACUGAACUUGUGAGCUUUGUAAAUGUCACCUAUACAAAAAUUGAUGAUUACUCCUUCUCUCUUAACUUUGGAUUUGAAAUCAGCAAUGUGUCCAUGCCUCAGAACCUUGAAUUCAGGAAUGAGACCUAUAAAGUGAUCCAGACCUAUAUGAAUUCAUUUGUAUCCACAAUCCUAAAUAAAACAACAACUACUGACUUUAAUUUCAAUCAAAUCGUUUUCAAGGGUAAUUCCACCGUAAUUGAGGCCAAUGUAGAGUAUGUUUUCACAGACAGUGACAUCGGCAGUUUCAGCUUGGUCACAACUUUGCUCGGAUUUACUACAACAGCCGCUCCAACCACCUUUUACCCCACAAUUCUGCACACUACCAUUUACAACAACAGUACUAAUGCAGCUUGGGUUGUAGCUAUCAUUGUCCCCUGUGCUAUUAUCAUCGGGCUUGUACCUUGCUGGAUUCUUCUUUGCUGUUUGCUGUGUGGUUGCUGUGCAGCAAUCAGAAGACGUUGGCACAGAAGACGGUCAUACAAUGUGCAGUACACCACUCGAAACAGUCUCUUCUAGAGAUAUUCAAGAACAAACUUUAAAUGCUUAAAAGUGUAUUAAUUUUCCUAUAUUACUUGGUAUACAGGACAUCUCCAAAUGUGAUGCAACUGUGAUUUAGAAAAAAAAAAACGACUAUUUAAGGAAUAAUUUUAUUUAUUUGAAAAUUAUGUUAAGUAAAGUAAUGAUAAUCUUGUUUUCUGAAUGUAAGAUUUAUUUGGUAGUAUGUAUAUAAUGUUAUGGGACAAAUGUAGAAUGGGUUUAUUCACACUUCAUGUACUUUAUCUUUAUCUAAAAUAAUAUAUUUUACCCUGAUGACCAUUCCACAAUUAAUAUUAUGAGACUGUGUAGUUAAA